AUGAUGUGGGCAGAGCUGCUGGAUUUGGCCCCGCCCACCGACGUUGCGCCAUCUGUCUUCCCUUCGUCCGCAGGUAAGAUUAAAAGCAGCCGGUCAGACGACGGUAAAGCCAUUCGUUCAAUCGACUACUGUACAAUGAGUGGCCGCGGAAAAGGAGGAAAAGGACUCGGUAAAGGAGGCGCUAAGCGUCACCGUAAAGUUCUCCGUGAUAACAUCCAGGGAAUCACCAAACCCGCCAUCCGCCGUCUGGCUCGCCGCGGCGGAGUGAAGCGGAUCUCCGGUCUGAUCUACGAGGAGACCCGCGGCGUACUGAAGGUCUUCCUGGAGAACGUGAUCCGGGACGCCGUCACCUACACCGAGCACGCCAAGAGGAAGACGGUGACCGCCAUGGAUGUGGUCUACGCUCUGAAGAGGCAGGGCCGCACCCUGUACGGCUUCGGAGGAUAAACUACAAAAUUACCUGAACUACAAAACUAACGGCUCU